GCAUCCCAAGAUGGUGGGUGGGCAGUCGCUUGGCUGCGCAUCCUUCGCGGCUUUGUUGAAGCACUUGGUGGAAGCAAUGAAUGAGUCCAAGCAGCUGAGUGUGAAGGGUGCGUGGGAUGCCGUGCAACACACCACUUGUGGCGGUCUUGCUGACGAGCUUCGCGGAAUCGCUUCACAGAAGCUGAAGCUCCUGAAGUCUGGACAGGCCUUGCCUGAUGGAACGCAGCUGCCGAUGACGGAUGAAGCGCUCCGGGCCUUCUUCCGAAAUCAGCGCCAUGAGUUGAAAGACCGAUGGGAAGAACAAGCGGUCGGAGACGAGGAGGUGCGAAAAGAGUAUUGGCAAGAACUGAAGGAGACGUUGGCCCGCGAGGAGCUGCAGGUGCGGCAGCAGAACGGCCGCCUUGCAGACCAGCAGCUCUCGCAAAGCUUAAAGCUAUGGCAGGACUGGCUUGACAACUCCGAAGGCACCAUCGAGGAAGGCGAAAAGAUCUCGGCAGAUUUGGGCAAACUCUUGGAGCAUCUGCCUACGACGACCGUGGCUCGAGCAGGGCGUGCAGCCAUCGAGGCUGCUGCCAGAAGAGUGGCCGGAGCUCGCACAGCUGUGGUCGCCACUGUCGAGCAAUCGGCCGAAGCUCAGCGACGAGCGCUUGCCUGGGGAGAGCAGGCAGCAAAACUUGAAGGCAAUGUUCGCGCCGAGCUCGAGGCCACGAAGGCGGCCAUCAAGAAGGCCGCAGAUCGGUGGCGACAGGCAAGCCAAAGCAAGGAAGCGAAGACAGUGGAGUUGCAGGGGAAGGCGGCCGAACACGAGGAUGGGCAGCAGCAGCUGCAGUCAGCUCAAGCGGAGCUUGAAGAGGCACGUGCUCGAGAGACGGAGCUGCAGGUUCUGAACAGAAGCGGCCAGGAGAAGGAGCAAACCUUGCAGCAGGAGUUGGAGGCUGCUCGGGCCAUGGCUUCGAAGGCAUCGGCCGAACGGCUCGCCAGCCAGCGAUGCAACGAGGCAGCUGCCGAGGCUGCUGGCAGACAAAACCUGCAGCUUCAAGAG